UGAACAACUACUUCAUUAGAGCGUUUCUACUUUCGUUUGCUUUCUUGGCUUGCAUUUGGCUCGGAGUUGGGUGUUUCUUUCUUCGCUUCCCCUGUGUGCUUUCUCACGACUUGAUGACCCUUUCUACCACCUUGGACAUACCUCUAGACUUCGCUUCAUGGAGGCAUGCUGCCCCGCAAGAGGUUGACACAAUCGACGCAUACGGCGACAAACAUCAAGGGAGUGAAGAGUCUCGGCGGAACCUCGCCGGCCGUUCGCUGCUGCAAUGAGCCAACAACCACCACCUCCGCCCCCGCCCCCGCCUCAUGGCGAUAACCCCAAGACGACGUCAGGAGGGCCCAACCUUCCCAAAGGCAAAUAUGAUAUCUUCAUAAUACCAGAGCACUCUGCCGGUUCGGGGUUUCUGUACCUGCCAUCUCUGAAGCCAAACAUAAACAGCUUUGUCGCAGGGUUUGCCUGCGCCUUGGCGUGCGUGGUCGUGUUCCAAAGCAUGGCGCCCGCAUUGCAGACAUGGUGGGCCAACUUCCAGGGCAUGGGGAACAUGGGCGUGUUCCUGCUCAUGGUCGCGAUAGGGAUGGGAGCUUGGUCGCUCGGCAGGCAACAAGGAGAUGGAGUCAAUGGGGAAAGUCAAGGCAGAGGUGGCACCAGUGGUGGAGGACACGGCGGUGGCGGUACUGGCGGUUUCGGAGGUGCCAAUGCCCAUUCUUCCCCUCCACCAAACACCGGACCGCCCCCGAACCAACAGGCUCCGCCGCCGCCGCCGCCACCUCAGGGCGAGCCUCCUCGGACUGAGAGGCCAAAGUCAUCAUGGCAGCAGGCACCCCCACAGCCGGGCACAGCGCGGACAGAGACCCCGAAGAACUCGUGGGAGAAAGCAAGAGAGGAGACACGGAAGCGGGAGGAGGAACGCAAAGCCAAGGAGGCAGAACAAAAGCGAAAGGAAGAAACCGCCCGGCGCCUCAGGGAAAUGAGGGAAAGGGAAGCGCGGGAGCGGGAGCAGAGGGAGAAGGAAAGCCGGGAACGGGCAGCCAAGGACCGGGAAAGGACCCAACAGGAAACUCGGGAGAGGGAACUGCGGGAAAAGGAGCUGAGAGAGAGGCUAGAGCGGGAGGCGAGGGAGAAGGUAGAGCGGGAGAUGAGGGAGCGGCAAGAAAGGGAGCGGAAAGAACGAGAAGCUAAGGAAAGGGCGGAGCGGUUGCGGAAGGAGGAGGAAGAGGCUAAAAUUCGUAAGGGAAGUACAUACGCCUUCUCCUCGGUCGGGGAGAGGACCAGCAUGUGGCCUAACGGCAGGCCACCCGCCGCGUCAUCUCAACCUGCUUCCCCCGCGGGAGCCGGCAAAGCUGCAUCCACCACAACGCCAAACGGUGCCAAGAGGCCACCGGCCCCGACAGCGAAGUCCACCGCAGGGACCGAAGAAGAGUAUUCGUAUCGACCGUACGACAGCCCCAGGAAGCCCGCCCAUAAGAAGUCAGUCUCCGACUUUUCCGAAGCCUCGUGGACCCCGUCUCAGUCCACAGCCCGAACGACUCCGCCGCCCUCGAUGCGGACCCCCUACACGACAAAGGAUCCCGACAAGAUCGUGAUCAAGGCCGUCUAUGGUUACAUGAACCAGUUUGCAAAGACGCCGGCCUCGCAGCUCAUCUCGGGGACCGGGACGGUGACGGAUGGGUUAAUCCUGCGCAUCACGACCGAGGGCCUGUUCAUCGACGACGAUGUCCGCGGCGUGGCGCAGCGCGAGUGGGACGUGAAGGCUUGGACGCUCAAGCUCGUCGAGGUAUGGUGCCCCACGCACACGUUGAAUUCUGCUUCGAACAACCCCGGUGCGACUCCCACAAACCACCCGUUCUUCAAGACGAUGCCCGGCACUCGCCGCGCCGCAGAGAGAGGUGCCCCGAAGACGCUCAUCGGCGACGACGCCGAUGAAUACCUCGUGGAUCUGCUGCGGGCGUGCAAGGACCGCUGUCGUCUUGGCCUGUGCUCCUCGUCCUCGUCCUCGUCCGCGCCGUCCGUGUCGGGAAGCUCUAACUCUCAUAACAAGGCUGGGGAGUGGAAGGCCAAGGGGCUGCACCUGCUCCGCGCCACCAUCCGCGACCAGGAGGGCAAGCGAUACCUGUUCGUCCUGUCCGAGGAGGAGAGCUGGAAGGUCGCCGUCGGCCUCCAGCGCCUCAGGCGGGGCACCCAGAUCCGCGCCCUGGGCGUCGCCGGCUUCAGCGGCUUGGACGCGAGGAAUAUGCUGGAGACGCUUGGUUGGGGCUGAAGAAAGCAAACUCCCCUCUCCUUCCCCCUCCCCUUUCCCUG